UCCACAGGAAAGCGCUUGGAAUGUUGCUUUCACUUUUAACUACCGCUGAAACUGCGUCGCUAGCAGAAGAACAGAACGCUUUCAUAAAGCAGAAUCUGUAUUAAUUUUCUGAGGGGAUAAUUGCGAAAAUGAAGCUUCUCUGUAAGGCGCUUGCAGGAAUCUUGUUUUUACUCGACCACGUUGCAUCUGGUGUUGGAUCAGAUGAACUGCCGGUGCCUGUGAUGGAGGGAGAGGCAGUCAUUUUUCACACUGGUGUUGAAACAAACCAACAAGAAGAUAUAAAGUGGUAUUUCAGCAGCACUCGCAUCGCUCAAAUCAAUGGAGAUCUCACUAAGAUCUGUACAGAUGUUCAGUGUAAUUCAGGUACUGAGAUAUUCAGAGACAGACUGCAGCUGGACAAUCAGACUGGAUCUCUGACCAUCAGAGACAUCAGAACCACAGACUCUGGACUUUAUGUACUGAAGAUCAUCGGUAGAAGCAGCAGCAGCAGUGAAAAAACCUUCACUGUUAUUGUCAAUAGUGUUCCUGCUGCUGAGCGAGAUGAAGUGAAGAGAAACGAGGGAGAAUCUGUCACUUUAGAUUCUGGUGAAAUAAGAAAACCAAAUGAUGUGAUGACGUGGUUUUUUAAUGACACUCCCAUCGCUCAAAUUACUGGUGAUCCCAAUAAAAGCUGUACAGAUGUUCAGUGUAAAGAUGGUGAUGAGAGAUUCAGAGACAGACUGAGGCUGGAUCAUCAGACUGGAUCUCUGACCAUCACAGACACCAGAACCACAGACUCUGGACUUUAUAAACUGCAGAUCAUCAUCGGCAACAGCAGCAGUUUCAGUAUCACCAGAGUGAAGAGAUUCAAUGUUACUGUCUUUGAUUCAGGGUUGUCUUCUGCUGCUAUAGCAGGAAUAGUUGUUGUUUUUGUUCUGCUUGCAGCUGCAGCUGUAACUGCUGGUUUGAUUUACUGUCGCCGCAUGAGAUAUAGAAGAGCACCACAGCAUGAGAAUGAUGCUAAGAAAGACAUUGCCUUGAGGGACACAGGACAUGAAUCAGACUUAAAUCAGUCUCAGACUGAAGCGGCCUAAAAAAAAACUAUGUAUAAUAAUUUAUAAUUGAUACUUUCAUUUAAAGGGACACUAAAGAGAAUUCGGGGCGGGGGGGCAACU